GGGAGGGGGAACGGGAGCGCCUGGUGUCGGCUGUACAACCCCGCUGGGUCCACUAUGCCCCCAGUACAACCCAGUGCAGCCCAGUACGCAUUAACCCUUAUCCUCGGAGGACUCCCCUCUGUGCCUUGGUUAAUGGAGGCAGUGCCCAGGAGACCCCACAGCAGGACCCCUCACACAGACCAGAUGUCCCACCGCAGGGGUAUCCUGUGCCCCCCAUCUCCAGCCCCCUCCAUCCUAGCCAAGGGGGGGAGCAAGCGGCUGCACUGAGUCAUCCCUGGCCUCGCCGCCUCCAUCCGGGCCUCCUCCAUCCUGCACCAGCACACGCCAUGGCCCCGACCCUGCUGCUGCUGGGUGAGCACAUGCUGCAUGGCACUGCAUGGCACUGCAUGGCACUGCAUGGAGAUGGCAUGGCUACAGCAUGAGUAUAUCCUGCAUACGGUGUGGGAACUGCAAGGGGAGCUGAGUGCUGUGCUGGGCACUGCAUGGGCACUACGUGGGCAUUGCUCUCAGCACUGCAAGGCACUGUGCUGGGCACUGCAUGAGAACUGCGCUCGGCACUGCAUGGGCACUGCAUUUGGCACUGCAUGGGCACUCUGUGGGCCCUACAUGGCACUGUGCUGGACAAUAUUUGAGCACUGCAUGGGCACUGCACUGUACGGAUGCUGCACUGUGCAUUUCAUGGGCACUGUUCUGAGCACUGCUUUGGGCACUGUGACACCGCGUGGGUACUGCAUGUGCACUGCAUUAGACAUUGCAUGGGCAUUCCAUUAGCUCUGCAUGGGUGCUUCUCUGAGCACUGUGUAGGCACUGCACUGAGCAUUGCAUGAUUACUGCAUGGGCACUGCAAUUGGAACUGCAGAGGUGUGCACUGGGCAGAGCGUGGGCACUGCUUUGAGCAUUACAUGGGCACGGCUCUACGUGUUUUGUGGGCACUGCACCGGGCAUUGCAUGGGGCUGCCCUCUACAGCAGACACCACGUGGACACUGCAGGCAAGCUGGACACUGCACUGGACACUGCACAGGCACUGAGCAUGGUGUGGGCAUUGUAAGGGUCUGGGCACUGCGACAGGCGCUGCAAAGGGCAAUGCAAUGAGGCUGUGCACUGCAGGAUUACUGCAAGGACACUGCACACGCAGCAGGGAAAUUGCGCUGUGUUGGGCACUGCAGGGGUGCUGCAAAGUUUCUGGGCACAUCAGGGGUCUGGGCUCUGCAUGGGGCACUGGGCAGUGCAUGGGGUAUUGUGGUAGUGCUGCAGUGGACAUCAGGCAGUGCAGUGGGCGCUGCAGCAGAGUGGGCACUGCAAGCUGUGCUGGGUGCUAGACACUGGGCUGUGGGUAGUGGGAAGGCUGUGGGUGCACUGGGCAGGGCACUGGGUAUUCUGUGGUGUGCAGGGCACUGGAAAGGGAACUGAACACUGGGAAGGGAAAUGGGCACUGGGCGUGGGGCAGUGCUUAUGGGGCAGAUAGCAGUGGUCUGUGAUUGCUGAACACUGGAAGGGUACUGGGCAUUGAGCACUGGUCAUGAGGAACUGAGAAUGGGAGUGGGAAUUGGGCGCUGAAAAAUGCUUACUAGGAACUAGUCAAGGGUCACUGAGCAGUGGGAAUGGGACAGUGGGACACUGGGAAUGGCACUGGGAAUGAGGUUGGGAUUGAGAUGCUGGAAAUGGCACUGAGCAAGGAACUGGUCAUGGGGCACUGAGAAUGGCGCUGGGAUUGGGACACUGGGAGUGCACUGAGCAUGGAAUUCAUCAUGGGGCAUUGGGAAUGGCACUGGGAUUGGGACACUGGGUGUGGCAGUGGGCAUGAAGCACUGGGAAUGACGCUGGGACUGGGACACUGGGAAGGGAACUGGUUAUGGGGCAGUGGGAAUGGAACACUGGUCAUGGAGCACAGGUCGUGAAGCGCUGGGAAUGGAUCUGGUCUUGGGGAACUGGGAAUGGCACUGAGGUCAGGACACUGGGAAUGGCACUGGGAAUGGAACUGGUCAUGGGACAGUGGUUGUGGAGCACUGGGAAUGGAAUUGGUCAUGUGGCACUGGGAAUGGGACACUGGGAAUGGAACUGGUUAUGGGGCACUGGAAAUGGGACUGUGGGAAUAGGACUGGUUAUGGGGCACUGGGAAUGGCGCUGGGAAUGGGACAGUGGGAAUGGAACUGGGAAUGGCGCUGGGAAUGGCACUGGGAGUGGAACUGGUCGUGGGGCACUGGGAAUGGAAUUGGUCAUGAGGUGUGUGGAAUGGCGUUGGGAAUGGAACUAGUCCUGGUCACUGGGAAUGGCACUGGGAUGACGGUGGUCAUGGGUCACUGGAAUGGGGCACUGGUUGCUCGUUGCUGGACUCCGGGUGCUGAGUCCUGCACCCCGGGUAGGAACCCUGGCUCCAAGCUCCUUGUGGCUCCAUGGCUCCAUCCUGGGGUUCUUGGAGGGGCUUGGGCAGGUGCAGCAUCCCCUCACUUCCUCUCUCGUCUCCAGUGGGGCUUCUGGCCUUCCCUGGCACAGCUCAUCCCCUGCUGUCUCCUGGAACCACGGAGCCCACUGGCACUGCUGGCAGCACCCCAACAGAUGGCAGCUGGGCUGUGGAGCUGCGCUGGUUGCACCUGGUGGGGCGUUUUUUGGUGAGGGCACCGGCCCCAUCUGGAUGGACAAUGUGAGGUGCUGGGGGAACGAGUCGGCAUUGCUGCAGUGCCCAGCUGCACCAUUGGGCAUCACCGACUGCCACCACCGGGAGGAUGCAUCUGUCAUUUGUGCAGAUGAGCUGACUGGGGUAGACCCCAUGCAGCCCCCUCCCGAACAGCUGCCCACCAGGUCACUGCUGGUGCCCCCUUCUGCUGUGCCACGUGUGAGUGUCCGGCCCCACAGCACCACCUCCCCUCAGCCUACACCAAGCAGCUGGCCCAUAGCAGGGACGUCGCAGACAGCCCCGUUCCUGCUGCGUCUGGCUGGGGGCCCUGGGCGCUGUGCAGGGCGCGUGGAGCUGCUGCAUGCUGGGAGCUGGGGCACGGUCUGUGAUGAUGGCUGGGGCCUGCUGGAUGCGGCUGUGGUCUGCAGGCAGCUGGGCUGUGGGGCCGCACGCAAAGCCCUCCGCAGCGCCCACUUUGGCCCUGGCAUUGGCCCCAUAUGGCUGGAUGACGUGAAGUGCAGUGGGACAGAGGCUGCACUGUGGCACUGCCCAGCUGGGCCUUGGGGCAGGCACAACUGUGACCACCAAGAGGACGCCGCUGUCAUCUGCACAGAGCCAGAAGACUUGUCACCUGUGGCGACCUCCCCAUCUCCCCCAGGAUGGGGUCCAGCCAGUACCAUCCCUCGACGUCCUCUAGGACAGAUUCUGACCACAAUCAUUCCCACGCAUCCCCAGAGACAGGAUCCAACCGUGAGUGUCACUAGAACCAGUGCAAGAGCCACAGGACAGGAUCCACACACCAGUGUCCCCAGCACUACCUCACGAUCCUCAGGAGAGGAUCCUACCACCAGUGUCUCCAGCACCAUGACACGAUCUGCAGGACAGGGUCGAGUCAGUGCCACCUCAACCAAAGCAGGGCGAGAUCCCAUCCGUAUCAUCAGGAUCACCCGACUCAAAGCAGAACAGGAUCCAGCUGGCAUCAUCCAGAGCACCAAGCCCAAGGCAGUUGGCGUCACCAGGCUGAAGGCUGGACGGGAGACUGGUGGCCCCACCAGGUCCAAAGUGGGAUGGGAUCCAGCUGGCACCAACAGGUCCAAGGUGGGACGGGAUUCAGUUGGCAUCAACAAGACCAAAGUGGGACUGGAUCUGGUUGGCACCAACAGGUCCAAGGUGGGACGGGAUUCUGUUAGCAUCAACAAGACCAAAGUGAGAUUGGAUCCAGUUGGUAUCAACAGGUCCAGGGCAGGACAGGAUUCUGUUGGCAUCAACAAGACCAAAGUGAGAUUGGAUCCAGCUGGUACCAACAGGUCAAAGGUGGGACGGGAUUCUGUUGGCAUCAACAAAAUCAAAGCAGGACAGCAUCUGGUGGGCAUCAACAAGACCAAAGCAGGACGGGAUCCGGCUGGCAUCAACAAGACCAAAGCAGGACAGGAUCCAGCUGGCAGUAACAGGUCCAAGACAGGAUGGGAUCCAGCUGGCACUGUCCGCAUCACUCGACCCAAAGUGGGACGGGAUCCGCUUGGUACCAUGUGGAUUGCCCAUCCCAAAGCAGAGCGGGUUGUUGUGGGAGCCAACCAGAGCACCAGGCCUUGGGCUUUGGUGGGGACCACACUAGGCACCAAGCCUCAAGCAGGACACGUUCCGGUUGGUUCCACCAGGAGCACCCAGGGGCUGGCAGGAUGGGAUGCUGUUAGUGCUACCCAACGCAAUAUGGGACAGGAGACUGCUGGUGUCACACAGAGCACCAUGUCUAAUGCAGAGCAGGACUUAGCCCUUACCACAAGGCUCCAGGCAAAUGCUGCCAUAUGGAGUAACCACAGCCUGGGAGAGCCAGGUCCAGGGGAUCCCAUGGGGAGCACACUUCCUGUAGUAGUAGCAGCAGAUCCAGAAGGUACCACGAAGAGUGAAGCUCCUACAGGAGAACCAAGUCUGGAAGGGACCUCUUGGGUUUCACAUCCCUCAGCAGAACUGGGUUCUGAAGGUCCCGUAAGGAGCACUCAACAUGCAGCAGAACUAGGUCCUGAACGCACCAUGUGGAGCAUAUAUUCCACAGCAGAGCCAGCUCCAGAAGGUACCAUGAAAAGCACAGAUCCUAUGACAGAACUGAGUCCAGAAGGUACUGUGAGCAUGCAUCCUCUAACAGAACUGGACCCAGAUGGUAACAUGGGAGGUGCACGUACUUCAGUAGAACCAGACCCUAGAGCUGGCAUGAAUAACACAGGUCCUACAGCAGGACUGAAUCCAGAUGGUAUCACGGGGAGCACGUAUCCCACAGCAGAACUAGGUCCAGAUCGUACCAUGGGGAGCACACAUCCUGCAACAGAACCAGGUCCAGAAGGUACCGUGGGGAGCACAGGUCCUACAGCAGGACUGGUUCCAGAUGGUAUCAUGGGGAGCACAUAUCCCACAGCAGAACUAGGUCCAGAUCGUAUCAUGGGGAGCACACAUCCUGCAACAGAACCAGGUCCAGAAGGUACCAUGGGGAGCACAGGUCCUACAGCAGGACUGGUUCCAGAUGGUAUCACAGGGAGCACAUAUCCCACAACAGAACUAGGUACAGAACUUACAACGGGGAGCACACAUCCUGCAAUAGAACCAGGUCCAAGAGGUACCAUGAGGAGCACAGGUCCUACAGCAGAAUCAGUUCUAGAAGGGACCACAGCAGAACUGGGUCCAGAUGUUACCAUGAGGAGUACAAGUCCUGCAGCAGAACUGGAUCCAGAUGUUACCAUGAGGAGCUCAAGUCCUGCAGCAGAACUGGGUCCAGAUGUUACCAUGAGGAGCUCAAGUCCUGCAGCAGAACUGGGUCCAGAUGUUACCACGAGGAGCUCAAGUCCUGCAGCAGAACUGGGUCCAGAUGUUACCAUGAGGAGCUCAAGUCCUGCAGCAGAACUGGGUCCAGAUGUUACCAUGAGGAGCUCAAGUCCUGCAGCAGAACUGGGUCCAGAUGUUACCAUGAGGAGCAGACAUCCUGCAGCAGAACUGGGUCCAGAUGUUACCACGAGGAGCUCAAGUCCUGCAGCAGAACUGGGUCCAGAUGUUACCAUGAGGAGCAGACAUCCUGCAGCAGAACUUGAUCCAGAAAGUACUGUAUGGACCACACAUCUUCCAGAAGAACUUGAUCCAGAUGGUGCUAUGCAGAGUGCACAUUCUUCAGCAGAAUUGAGCUUGGGUGUUAGCAUAUGGAGUGCAUAUCCCACAGCAGGUAUUUCUACCUGGAGCACACGUCCUGCACCCAAAUCUGAUGCAGAAGGUACUGCAUGGGACACUCAUUCUUCAGCCGAUUUUGAUCUAGAUGGUACCGUGAGAAGCAAACAUCCUUCAGCAGAAAAAAUUCUCAAAGGCACAAUGGAGAGUAAAUAUAUUGCAGCAGAAACAAGUCUAAGAGAUCCCAUGUGGAGGACACAUCCCACAGAAGAACUAGCAUCAGAUGGAAUCAGGAGGAGAACACUUCCCACAGCAGAAUCAGGUGCUGGUCCAAUGGGAAUCUCUGCUCUGCCCACUAGAGUUUCAUCACCCUCUCCAUCUCUGGGCUCCACCCAGGGGCUGGCUGUCUCUCCUGCCAUUGCUGUUCAACUGAGUCCAGGCUCUGGCACCCACUCACAGCACCUCACAGAGGCCCCCAGUACCCAGAGACCCUCAGAACCUACCCAGUACCCUGAGAUCCCCAACACCCAGGGACACCCAGCAUCCAUCCAACACCCUCCAGAGAGCCCCACUGCCUCGAUAGAGCUUGUGCUCUCCCAACAUCCCCCUGCAGAGCCCUCUGGUUUCUGGACACCCCCAGACCUCUUUAUCCAGACACCAUCAAGGAACCCCAGCCCUCAGAGCCCCCCAGUACUCACUGUGCGCCCCAUAGAUCCCACCAGCCCUUACAUGAAUGCUGCUAAUUUCAAGCACAUCAUGGAUAUCCCCAGACCCCAGAGCCUCCCAGCACCCUCUGAGGACUCUGUUAAAACCCUCAGUACCCAGAAACCCCCAGUAUCUGCCCAGCAUCCCACAGAGACCCUCAGCUCCAAGAGUCCCUCAGCACUCUCCCAAUAUCUAACAGAGAUCUUCAGCACACAGGUCCCCCCAGCACCCACCCAACACCCCAUGGAGACGUCUGAUAGUCAGCCCCCUGUAGCACCCACUGAACAAUCCACUGAGAUCUUCAGCACCCGGAGGCCCCCUGCAUUGCCCCAGCACUCCACAGAGCCCCCCAGCACCCAGAGGCCCCCAUCAACACUACAACACCCUAUGAAUACCUUUGGCACCCAGAACCCUCCAGCAUCCCUUAAGCAUCCCAUGAAGUUGCUCAGCACUCAGACCUCCCCCAUAUCCCACCAACACCCCAAAGAGCCCCGCAGCACCCAGACACCCCCAGGAUCCUUUAAGCACCUCACAGAUCCCCCCAGCACCCAGAUUCCCUCAGCACCUGUCCAGCAUCCACUGGAGACUUUCAGCACUCAGACUCCCCAAGCACCCCUCCGGCACCCCAUGAAGUUUUUCAGCACCCAGACCCCCCCAGCACCCACAGAGACCCUCCGCACCCAUUCUGCAAGCUCUGUACUGCCUGGACCCCCAUGUGCAGGUCCAGCCCAACCAGCACCACCGGUGCCAACACUCUCUGCACUAUGGGAUCAGGGGGGAUCCUGUGUGGCCCCUGCCCUGAGGGCACUGCUGUGGGAGGUGCGGGAGCUGCGGGGGCAACUGCGAGCCCUGGCCCGCAACCAGCGGCGGGGAGCUCAGCGCCUGGAGGCUGUCACCCGCCGCCUGGGCAGGCUGGCUGCUGUGGGGCAGCACAUCCUGGAGGACCCCCCCAGGCUGUACGGGGGUGUGGGCAUCCAGAGAGGGGCCUUGCACAGGAGGCAAGGGAAAUAAAGCUGGGCUGGUUCACCAA